AUGCUGCCAUCGCCGGUCCUGCGCUCCCUGAACCGUCGUCUGCGCAUCUCGUCGUCCCCGCUCUGCUCGACCGCCGGCAACAUGGCUGGCUCCGUGCUCCUCGGCGGGCAUGAAAAGAAACACAAGGUCACCAUUGUCGGAUCGGGCAAUUGGGGCUCAACCAUUGCCAAGAUUGUCGCCGAGAACACGCGGCAGCACAAGAACCUCUUCGAGGAGCAGGUCCAGAUGUGGGUGUACGAGGAACAAGUCCAGCCCCAGAAGCUCACCUCCAUCAUCAACAACCACCACGAAAACGUAAAGUAUCUGCCCGGCAUCACCUUGCCCUCCAACAUCGUCGCCAACCCGUCCCUCGUCGACGCCGUCCGCGACUCCACCAUCCUCAUCUUCAACCUGCCUCACCAGUUCAUCGGCAACGUCUGCAGCCAGAUCCACGGCCACAUCCUGCCCUAUGCCCGCGGCAUCAGCUGCAUCAAGGGCGUCAACGUCUCCGACGAUGCCGUCAGCCUCUUCAGCGAGUGGAUCGGCGACGGCCUCAACAUCUACGUCGGCGCCCUGAGCGGCGCCAACAUUGCCAGCGAGAUUGCCGCCGAGAAGUGGUCCGAGACGACCGUCGCCUACGACCCGCCCCCCAUGGACAGUCGGGCGCCCACCCCGCGCUCCGGGAGCCCACUGCCCAGCCCGGGCUUCACCGUCACGGAGGUCCCCGACGGCCAUCACCGCGACGCCCGUGGCCGUACCUCCAAGGUCCGGCUCACGGGGGUGCCCUCGACCUAUCCCCCGCUCGACCACGAGUGCUUCCGCAUGCUCUUCCACCGCCCCUACUUCCACGUCCAGAUGGUCUCGGACGUGGCCGGCGUCUCCCUCGGCGGUGCCCUCAAGAACAUUGUCGCCCUGGCCGCCGGCUUCGUCGACGGCCGCGGCUGGGGCGACAACGCAAAGGCUGCCAUCAUGCGCAUCGGCCUCAUGGAGAUGGUCAAGUUUGGCAAGGAGUUUUUUGGCGAGACGGUUCAGAGCGCCACCUUUACCGAGUCCUCGGCCGGCGUCGCCGAUCUCAUCACGUCGUGCUCCGGCGGCCGCAACUUCCGCUGCGCCCGCAAGGCCGUCGAAAAGGGCAUCACGGUCGACGAGGUCGAGUCCCAGGACCUCAACGGCCAGAAGCUGCAGGGAACAACGACUGCCUACGAGGUCAACAGCUUCCUCAAGGCACGCGGCCUUGACAAGGACUAUCCUCUCUUUACCGCCGUCAACGACAUUCUGCGUGGCACCAAGCAGGUCGACGACAUUCCCCAGCUGGUGGCUGCUGCAGACGAUGGCUGA